GGGCCGUCACUUGCUCUUGGCCAGGAAGGUGAAGGCCGGAGCACACCGAGGACAGGUAAGUAGCUGUUGCUCGUACAGGAAAUUGCGUGAUCAGAAGCCGGGGCCUGUACAGGAAAUCAGACACUUAACCCCUAUCCUGUGGAGGAAACAAGGAAGUGAUCAGAUCCAUCGACCAGAAGAACAGUACAUUGUAUCUGAUCCUUCGCUUUGUGACCCGACCUUGCUUCUCUGCCGCCUGCCUAUUGACCUCCUGCUACGUCCUGACUAUGCAACUGUGCCGCCUGACCUGACCUUCUGCUAUCCAGACUACGAGCUGCCUUAUCCCUCCUGUGCCUCGCAUCUCCUCAGCCGCCUGUGUGGUCGAGCCGUGCCUGGGGUAGCGACCUGGGUGCCACCUGCCGCAGCAAGUCCAUCCCACUUUGAGCCUGGCUUUGAUGAAAACCAGCGGCACCUUAGACGCUGCUCCCUGGUAAGGUCCGAGUCAUCUGCCACGCAGGUCCAGCGAAUCCACAUCCACCAGGGUUGCUUUCUUCUGAAACCUAGGAGGAUGGAGGCCCGUGCUCUCUACGACUUCAAUGCAUCCGGGGAGGACGAGCUAAGCUUCAAAAAAGGAGAUAUGUUGAAGAUCCUUGGUACAGAUGAUAACUGGUUUAAGGCGGAGCUAAGGGGCAAUGAAGGAUUUGUACCAAAAAACUAUGUGGAUAUGCAAACUCCAAGUUGGUAUUGUGAAAACUUCACGCGGAGUGAAGCUGAGAAUGUCCUCAUGAGCAAGACAGUAGGAUAUUUCAUCAUCCGCGCCAGUCAAACAUCUAAAGGGGAAUUUUCCAUCUCAGUCAGGCAUGAGGAAGACGUGCAACAUUUCAAAGUCAUAAGAGACAAGUCAGGAAACUACAGCCUAUGGUCGGAAAAAUUCAAGUCACUCAACAAACUUGUUGAAUAUUACAAAAAUGUGUCGGUCUCUCGCCAGAAUCAUAUCUUACUUAAGGACGAAAGCUCUGCCCAGCCACCGGUACCUCAGGCAUCAUCCCAUUCCCUACCAAGAAGACCUCGGCUGGUGAAGGCUCUCUACGACUUUAAAGCCCUGGAGUCUGAUGAACUUAGUUUUCAAACCAAUGACAUCAUAGAAGUGUUGGAAGCUACUAAUGAUUCCUGGUGGCUUGGAAAGCUGGGACACAAGUCGGGGCUCUUCCCAUCUAACUAUGUGGCGAACAUCGACCGAUGACCAAGGAGUCAUAUAGGGACUUAAACAUUCCUCCAGAAACUUCCGCAAUCUGUUCCACACUGGUUCACCAACUCUUCAGAUAACAAACACGGUUAUUCCUGCUAACAGUCUACUAGGGAUGUGGAGUAUUUAUUGGGAGGUGGGGGCCUGACUUUACUAAAUCUUCUUUUUUUAUUUUAACCAUUUUUCUGCUGUACUCUAUGGAAUAAAAG